AUGAUGGCCCUUGAUGACAAUAAGAAACCGGCUUCUAGACUCCAGUUGCCUAGACUUUCCAAAAGCUUAUCUGCCCAGGCCCAAGGCUCCCUGAAGACUGAGUCGGUCCCUACGGAGAGUGUGAAAAGGGAGGGACAGGAAUUGAACAUUUUGUCCUCAUACAUUUGGUCUGAUGACGAGUACUCCCUGGAGAACAUAGACAAAGAGGAAUUGAAGAAUGAAACUCCGCCUGAACGACCAUCGUGGGCUAAUAAGAUUGAGUACUUCCUGGCCCUCGUGGGCUUCUCCGUGGGGCUGAACACCCUCUGGAGAUUUCCUUUCCUGUGUUACCACAAUGGAGGUGGUAUGUUUAUCAUCAUCUACACCAUUCUGAUGUUCUUGAUUGGGAUUCCUCUCCUCUUCCUGGAGAUGGCGACUGGCCAGAGGCUUCGCCAGGGCAGCAUCGGCGUCUGGAAGGUCAUCAGUCCCUGGAUUGGUGGCGUGGGGUACGCCAGCUGCACGGUCUGCGGCGUCAUGGGUUUAUACUACAGUGUGAUUGUGUCCUGGACUUUGUUCUAUUUGAUUCAGUCUUUGCAAUCCCCGUUGCCUUGGGUGGUGUGCCCUUUUCUGGAGAAAUCCAAUGCUACAGAUCCUGAAUGUGAACGGACCACACCCACCACGUACUUCUGGUACCGAAAAGUCUUGGGGGCCGCAGAGGAAAUCAAGACGAGUGAACUCCCCCUGCUUCAUCUUGCUGUGUCUCUCUCUGUGGUCUGGUUUGUUAUAUGCGUCUCCAUGAUCAAAGGGCUUAAAUCGACUGGGAAAAUGGUGUAUAUCACAGUGGUCCCUCCCGGCUUCAUCCUGGCCUGUGUUCUCUUCCGGACUCUCCUUCUCGAAGGAGCAUUUUCUGGUCUCAAGUAUUUGUUGACGGCAAAGAUGUCGUCUUUGUUCUCUCUGGAGGUGUGGAGACAGACGGGGAGCCAGCUUUUCUACGCCUUGGGCUUAGGCUUCGGGAGCUUCACCGCCAUCAGCUCCUACAUCCCUCGUUCUAACAACUGUGUCCAUGACGCCUUUGCUGUGGGACUUCUCAACCUGGCCACCUCAGUCACCAUCACGCUGGCCAUCUUUGGGGGAAUCGGCCACUUGGUCACCACAGAAACCACCAAAUGUUACAGGAAGAAUACUAGUAAACUGGAGUAUCUGGUCACUAUUGGAAAGCUACCUGCUGAGGCCAAGGUCCCAAGUGCUGUGUAUCAGGACCCAGUGGGCAUCUUCACAAGCUGGUUCAACAACCUCCCUACAGACACCCAGAACUUGGUCACAAAGCAUAUAACCGAAUGCAACUUAACGAAAGAAUUUCAAAAUGCUAUGGAGGGGCCCGGCGUGUCCUUCGUGGCCCUCACCGACCUCAUCUCGGUGUAUAUGGUGCCUACCUUCUGGGCCAUCAUCCUCUUUCUGUUGCUGCUGAGUAUGGGACUGAACACGAUGAUGUGGAUCAUGCAGGGUAUCAUUACCCCCCUCCAGGACGCCUUCGCCACCUUCAGGAAGCAUCCCACGAUGCUCACAGUGGGCCUCUGCGCACCCAUGUUCCUGGGCAGCCUCAUCUUCAUCACGCCCUCGGGCAGCUACUUCGUGAACCUGAUGGACGAUUACUGGACGUUUCUGCCUCUCUUCCUUAUUAUCCUCUUGGAGAACGUGGCCGUGGCCUGGAUCUUCGGGGCCAGGAGGUUUCUCACCGACAUGAUGAUCAUGCUGGGUUGCUCCAUCUCCAGCAUCUACCGGUGGCUGUGGUGCUACCUGUCGCCAGUCGUGCUGUUACUCCUGUCUGUGACCUUCUUGAUCCACAUAAACGUCAAAAAGCCAGACUACUUGGCCUGGAACUCAAGCCUUUCCAAUGAGAUCAAGCGAGACUACCCGUCCUGGGCUAUGAACCUGCUAAAGACCACCAUCAUCACCACCGUCCUGCCCAUCCCCCUCUACUUCCUGUACACCCUCAUAAAAACGCCCCUCGUCCAAAGCAGGACCACCACCUACUUCAAACGGAAAAGUAAAGAGAGCUUACCCUCAUCACAGAGGCCUCAGAUGUAA